CGAAGGACGAUCGUCGUCUCCAGAUUCCGAUCAGCUAUCUCCGUUAAAGUGGAUCAGCUGUUCCCAACAGAAGUCUUUCACAAACGCCUUGGCCGCCGCCCCGUCCGCAAUGGAACUCAGAUACGUUCCUUUGCAUUUUGCGAUAUGGUUGACUGCGAUAAUUCUGAGCACAGCAUCUUUGGUCUCUGUAGAUGAUCCUAUCGACAUAAAUGAUUAUUGGGAAGAUCCUAGAAUCUGUGCCUUAACUCUUCAUAGGACAUACUUUACUGAAGGUUUUGGGGCAUUAAGCAGUGCCUUUCCUUGGCAGGCUAACAUGAAAAUGGAUGCGUGCAUUAAAUAUGAGGAUGUCAAUGUAGCGCUUGCCAAGGCUAAGAAACUACUAGGUUAUAUUCAUCCUAUUACGAAAGGUCUAGAUCCUAGCCCACAGGAUAUAGAUGUUUCUGCAAACCUUAUUAUAGAGACUACCAAAAUAUUGACUGAGUGGUUCGACCUUACCCCCAAAGAAAUCAUUGAAGAUUUACCUAUGAUCGACACCUCUAAAACCGACAUUUGGGAUAUCUGCCCUGACCACUAUAAGCCAACUCCUUGCACCGUGUCACGGUACCGAUCGAUGAGUGCCCAUUGCAACAACAUGAAACAUACAAUGUGGGGUGCUUCCAACACUGCUUUCGUCCGAUUCAUGUCACCUGUUUACGCUAAUGGUAUCGAUGCUCCGAGAGUAUCAGCCGUUGACGGAAGUCCAUUGCCCAAUGCUCGAGCGGUCACUGCAGCCGUUCACAGAGAUUACAACAGACCAAGCAGAGAUUUGUCAAUCCUUAUUAUGUCAUGGGGUCAGUUCAUUGAUCAUGAUCUCACUCUAGCUGCUCAACCAAGAGACGUAGAUGGAAGGGAGGUCGCCUGUUGUAAAGUACAUCCGUCAAUGCGCCAUCCGAACUGCAUGCCGAUCGAAAUUCCUCCAGAUGAUCCAUUUUAUUCUCAGUACGGUGUCCGGUGUAUGGAUUUUAAAAGAACAUUAGCAGGACAUAUGCCCGGAUGUGCCCUCGGUCCUCGAGUACAUAUCAACUUGCUGACGUCCCCCAUCGAUGCUAAUUUCAUCUAUGGAUCCACAGACACAGAGGCUCGUAAACUUAGGUUGGGUACAGGAGGUUUGAUGCGGUCAUGGAACAAAUUUGGACGUUUGGGACUCAAAGAUCUGUUGCCUCCUUCUGUAGAACAUCCAGAGAAGGAUUGCAUAGCCAGACCGAGGAACUUGUUUUGUUUCUUAGCAGGUGAUGAAAGGGUGAACGAACAGAUCCAUCUGACAGUCCUUCACACUCUGUACGUCCGUGACCAUAAUCGAAUGGCCCGAGAACUUGCUUUCCUCAAUCCACACUGGGAUGACGAGAAGAUAUACCAUGAGACUAGGCACAUAAUGGCCGCUGCUGUUCAGCAUAUUACUUACAAUGAGUUCCUACCUGUCAUCCUGGGACGCGAAUACAUGGAGAAAAACAAUCUUACUCUCCUUAAAGAGGGUUACUGGAAUGGUUAUGAUGAAGACACUCAUGCUGGUCCUGCCAAUUCUUUCCAAUCGUCUGCUUUUCGUUUCGGUCACACCUUCAUUCAGAAUAGAGUUCGGUUGUAUGACAAGCACCACACAUUCCUGGAUUCAAUUGAACUCAGAGAAGUUCUUCGGCAUCCUUUCAUCAUAUAUGAACCAGGCAUGAUCGAUAAAUUGGUUGGAGGACUCCUAAACACGCCUGCUCAGACUUACGAUCCCUUCAUUUCAUCGGAGGUGACAAACCACCUUUUCGAGGACCGUCCAGAACCAUUCGGCCUAGACCUAGCUGCUAUCAACCUCAUGCGGGGUCGAGAACAUGGCGUACCCGGGUACAAUUUCUUCCGACAAUGGUGCGGACUUCCUAGAGUCGAAACGUUUCAAGAGCUGGAAUUCUACAUGAGUAAUGGGACUGCUUAUAAAUAUUCCAAACUUUACAAGCACCCCGACGACAUAGACCUCUGGUCUGCGGGCGUUUCCGAGCGAGUCAUGGAUGGAGCCCUAGUGGGUCCCACUUUUGCUUGCAUCAUAGCCCGACAGUUCGCCAAGUUGAAAAAAGGAGAUAGAUUUUGGUACGAGAAUGGCGGUCUUCCCUCUUCUUUUACACCAGCACAACUUAGAGAGAUCCGAAAAGCAAUGCAAUCGAAAAUUAUCUGUGAGAACGCAGAUGAUAUUCCCACUAUCCAGAUGUGGCCAAUGAUGAUGCCACACCCUGAACACAACCCCAGAGUAGCAUGUGAAGAUUUGCCUUCCAUUGAUCUACGGUACUGGGAAGAAGAACCACUCUACGGGGAAUUUCGUUUCAAGAAAUAAGUCCUCAAACGUGUUGUCUUUAAUUUAUUAUUCCAAAGAAAAUAGUCAAAAGUUAAGAAACACCAAAGAUCAAUUCUUAUGAAACCAAGUUCCAACUUUUCGACUAAAGCGCCCGGUUUUCACCUACAAGUGUCACCAUUCAGUUGAUUGGAAUCUGUGAAUGUCUUUGAAACAGUUGUAAGAAAUAUUGUAUCAGCCCUACGUCUGACAACACUAUCGAAGUACUUGAACAAAAUGGUGGCUUAAUCGACAGAACGGUCACUCAUAGCGUAUUCCACAAGUCGUCGCCAACUCCCUGCUUAUAGGAAAUGUUUCAGAGUAUUCUUUCCGUUUAUAUUUUUUAUUUAAAAAUAUGUAAAACGGUCUAAACUUUAACAUAGAAGGAAUUUUAACAUAAAUUUAACAUAGAAUGAAUUUUAACAUAACUUUAACAUAGAAUCGAAUCUGUCUUGGCAAAAUGGUGAUAUAUCUCAUUUUCUGAGAUACUAUAUUUAUUCAUUAAUUCUAUGCUCGUAGCAAAACUCAUAAAGUGUAAAAAAGAUAACAAAAGCUGAAAUCAGCGAGAUAAAUAAUUAAUUCCAAGCCUUUAAUUUUGACCGACUCUCUAUUUUUCAAUGAAUAAGUAUUUAGCUAAAUAAGGCUUGAAUUUCAGUUCAUGGCUUUAAUUUUAAUAAGAGGUGGCCAAGAUUUUGAAAAGCGAUUUUUGUGGAAAAUUCUGUUUUAAAGUACGCAGAAAGAGGAUAAAAUAUGUUUUUAAAUAUUUUUCGCAAACCGAAAAAUAAGAGUUUUUUUUUUCUUACAUGGCCGUUCUUUAAUAAUUCAUAACUUUUGUCUAGUUUAUAUAUUUUCAUCUAUAAUAAUUUUAUGAAUAAAUUUCGAUAAAUAAAAAUUAUUAAAACUUUAAUAAUAACUUUUGUCCAGCUUUGGUCUAUUUUUAUUGAAGGAGGAUUUAAAUCAAGAAAUUUUUAAAGAGGGUAUAGUAGUUAAAAGUUCAGAAUUACUUCUACGGACACAUCUGGAAGAAACAUUGACAUCUGGGAUAACCAUGGACUCUAUAAAAUGCUUACAUUUAUCUUUUGCUUAUUUUUACAACAUUUUAUGCAACCGUAUUAUUAAAAAAUAUCUUUAGCACUGCUGAAAAAUCUGUGCUUUGCUGGAAAGUCUGAUUCAAUUAAUUUACUAUUUAAAAAAAUUGUGUAUAUCAUGGCAUAAUUAGUAAUAAUUGUUUUAAAAAUUAUUUAUAUUAUUAAUAAUGGUUGUUUAAAGCAAUUUAUGAAACGAUAAUAUAUGAAACUACCACGAGAAAGAAUUCAUAGAUUUGCGAGCUUUCUUCCAUUUAAUAACAUUUAGUAAUAAUUAAAUAUUUUUAUAUUAACAAAAUUUAAUAAUUUGUUAUUUACUAUAUACAGGAAAUAUGUAAAUUUAAAGGAAAAUUCAAAUGCAAUUUACUUCAUUAUUCAUUGUUUUAAGCUCAUUAACUUUAGCAUGUUCAUUAGCUUUGACUAAAUUUUAGCAUUAGUUUAAUUAAUUUAAACAUUAGCAUUAGUUUAGAUCGUAAUUUGUUUUCUCUUAAAGUUUUUAAACUACUAUUUCAUGUAUGUGAUUUGGUUGAUAAUCUCGUUAACUGCCUUCUUUGAGAAAUAAAAAUAUUUUGGAACAGAGCUUUCGAAACUACGGUAUGUGAAAUGUUCAAAUGUUUUUGAAGUUUCUAAAAGAAUGGUUUUAAUGUUAUGGAAAAAAAUUAAUUUAUGAUUAGAAAAGUAAAAAGAAUGAGAUAAACGAUUUAUUAAAAAUAUAAUAUUUAGUGCAUAAGUUGAAACUUGAAUUUAAAUAUGAAGACUUCCUUUCCUGUGCUCCGCUUUAUAAAACAUUGUAGUUGAUGCCAUAGUUAGCAAGAUGUUGGUAGGUGAGCGGUAUUGUAAACGAAUUAGUUAAAAAAUCCUGAUUCUGAAUAUUGAGCUAAGAAAUUUCAUUAGAGUUGAUUUGAAAUGUUGUUUGAGCCUUAGAACUUGAUUUAAUGAAUGGAUCCGAAAGAAGCAAAUGUAAGAAAUUGUACAUAUAUGUAAUUUUUUUAUUUGUAAAUAAACUUUACCUUUUUUAAAUGUU